AUGACUCCCACCGAGACUAGAUAUACGCGGAUAGAAAAGGAGGGGAGUACAUCAAUCUCUGUGGACACUGACCAUAAACUCCUCGUACCACCUCUGAGAACGCACACACUGGAUCAACUCCCACCGAGGACCCAGCGAUUCAGAAUGCGACUGAUGGGAUUCCACUUUCAAGAGAUCAAGCACGUUUCUGGGAAGAAGAUGUACAUAGCCGAUGCACUUUCAAGGUUUCAGGCCAGAAACAAAACAGCUCAGUCUGCAAUUGAUGACGAUGAAAUGUACGCACACAUAGAAAGUGUGUUCUCAUCGCUGCCUGCCUCAGAUACGAGACUAUUGCAGAUAAAGGAAGCACAGGAAGAGGAUCCUGUUAGCAGACAGAUCAAAACUAAUUCUCCUCAGGGAUGGCUUGACAAACAUUCGCUAAACGAUAUCAUGAAACCGUAUUGGUCGAGCAGAGGGAGCUGCACCUUUGAUGAGAGCACAUUUUGCAGCUGGUCCAAUGAAAGAUACACCGACCAUUUCGAUUGGGUUCUUGGACAAGGAAGUUCUCCAGGCAGUGACACUGGACCAAUCACUGACUACGCAGAAAAUGGCUCGUAUAUCUACAUUCAAACGUUAUCUCCUCGAAAGUACAACGAGAAGGCCAGAUUGAAAAGCCCGUGGAUGUGGGGUCCACUGUUGAUGACGUUUUUCUACUCAAUGUACGGCAGUACCAUUGAGACUCUCUCUGUAUAUGUUAGAGUCAAUGGCAGUGAAUCCAGGAUAUGGAGUCGUCAUGGGAACCGCUCUUCACGCCAUUGGAUCGAAGGCUGCGUGGCUAUUAAUUACGAAGGGACUUAUCAGGUGGUAAUAGAGGGCAUUGCAGGUGUGACUUCUGCAUCAAGUAUUGCAGUUGAUGAACUUAAUUUCAGUGAGAACCUAACUUGCGUUUCAGAUGUUGACAUUACUCCAUCUGAACUCUUUAAAGUGAACUGUACCUUUAAGGAGAGUUUUUGUGGAUGGCGAAAUCUAUUUGCACCUUCGGAUCAAAUCGACUGGAGGAGAGGAUCAGAAAACUCAAGUGGACAAAUUGAAGCGAGCGGUAAUCUCACUGGCAAAAAAUACAUUUAUAUCGAAUCACAUCCUGACAAAGUAUAUCAAACCGCUCAGUUAUCGAGUCCAUUUCUUCGGGGACCAAAAUGUUUCCGCUUUUCUUAUCGCUUGUCCGGACGUGAUGUGGGAAGGCUGGAUGUCUUACUUCAACUUCGAGGGCGACAAGGAGAUUACUUGAUGUGGAAUAAGUCAGGAGAUCAGGGAAGUCAGCGGAUAAUGGCUAGCGUCGAUAUCGGUUAUACUGACGAUUGUCAGAUUGUUCUGCAAGCAACAGUUGGCAAAAACUACACAAGUCAUAUAGCAGUCUAUGACGUCAACUUAGUUGAUGGACUAUGUCAUGACGAGAGGGAACUUAGCACCAACGUACAAGGGAAUUGUAACUUCGAUCGUAACUUGUGCUUUUGGAGGAAAGAUUUAAAUUUUAUCUUCGCAUGGAGAAGAAAAAAAGGCCGGACAAAAAGCCCUCAGACUGGACCUAGCAGGGACCAUACUUCAGGAUCUGGUUAUUACAUUUAUAUUGAAACAUCGGGACGGAGGAAGAUGGGAGACACUGCAAGGCUCACGAGUCCGUGGCUAAGAGGACCACAUUGCAUGAUGUUCUACUACCACAUGUAUGGCUCGUCCAUGGGAUGUGUUGUUGUGUACAUAAGAAGACAGGCUGCAGACAGAUUACAACCGCUUUGGCUGAGGUCCAAGAAGCAAGGAAACAAAUGGAUUCAAGGGCAAGUUAGCAUAAACGAUACUUCAAGUUAUCAGAUAAUAAUUGAUGGUAUUAGAGGGAGAAGCGGUAGUGGAGACGCAGCCCUGGACGACUUCACGUUUCAACACGGACAUUGUCACCAAUUAAGUAAAGCAACGUUCUACGUGUCUUCCACCAUGGGGAAAGAUUUCAGAAUAUCGACAAGACCCUCUGAAGACAAUCGGUACUCGGACGAGUUCCGAUUCAGUAUCGAACAUCCCCAAGGAUAUCCGACAGAGAAGACUUUUUUCAUCUACCCUUAUGCAAAGGGACACAGCUUCGUUACCACAAAGCUAGAUAUUUUUAACUAUAAUAACUAUCCCUUGGAUGUUGCUGUCCUCAAUCACAAGGAUUUGUCACUGAAUUGCAGUAAGAUUUUUUUCAUUAGCAGAGAUAGAGUUGGGCCUAUGAUCACUCUUGAAGAUCCUAGUCUAAUGGAUGGUUGCAAAUGCGAGACGAAUUUCUUUUUUUAUGCCUGCAAUGUGGUUCAAUCAGAAAGCCGUUCUAUUUCUGGAUGUGAACCUGGUUGGUACAAACUAGGAAAAGCAUGUUUCAUGUUCUAUUUCCAAUCAUCUAAGGCGUGGCGGAUUGCACGGAACCUGUGUCACAAACAGAAGAGCGAAAUCGCUAUAGUCAAUAGUGCAGAGCAACUAGAGGCCCUUGCAGAUAAGCGGAAAAAACUCAAGCGUGAAUACCGCGAUCUUACACUUGGACUUGAUAGCAACCUGCGUUGGGUUUGGAUAGAUGGUGAGAAUGCAAAGAGUAAUGAAAAUCUAUGGGGGCCAAAUGAACCAAGCGGAGACGGUAAAUGUGGAGCUUUCUUAAAUGCAAUUGAAUGGAAUUCAAACUGGGCUGGGUACGGAUGGCGCUGGAAUGAUAUAUCCUGCAGGAGCCGUGAAGGAUAUAUUUGUGAGGAACCAUUAGACGUCCCCCUACCUGUGGCUCUCUUUUCUACCAGUCGCACCAAUGGAGUUGUUAACCUGAGUCCAAAUGGAACCACUAAAGCAGUGUUUGAUAACAUCACGCUGACUAGAGGUCCCUGGGGUAAUCCAGUUGGCUCCUUUCUCUUCAGUGGUUUGAAUAACAGCUACGUGGAAGUUGAAAAUGAGGGAGAACUUGAUACAACGUUUUCGAUGAGUGUUUUUGCAUGGGUCCACCCUGACGCUUCUGCCACUCGUGCUGGUCCGAUAUAUGAUAACGGUUGCUCGAUGUGGGUUUUUCCUUCAACUUGGGGACUUGAAACUCGUUAUAUGGUUAGGGAUCGUUCUAAGAUUCACCUAUUGCGUAAGGAUGGUGUUAUCAAAAUAAAUGAGUGGAAUUUUAUAGGGACCACAUACGACUAUCACACUGGCGUUGCGUCUGUGUGGGUUAAUGACAGCAUGGUUAUGAGCAAGUCUCUUGGAUCUAACGUGGAAUUGGCGACUCAAGGAAAUCUUACCAUAGGAGCGUCCAACAAUCGUGAGACACAAUUUUAUGGCAAAGUUUCCUGCUUGCAGUUCUACGCACAAGCAUUGUCCGUGGAUCAAAUUAUGAAGAUAAAGACAAGAUGCAAUCAAACCAGUAAGCAUACACCUCUUAAGGUGAUUCUGUUUGAUAAGUAUGACAAGAGUGAUAAAUGCAGUGAAGACGGCAGAGGAGGGCCUUGGGCAAACAAUGUUUACGCAUUUAGAGUUUCCCAAUCAUGGUGCCGUCCGGGCUUUUUUCCCCUUCAUGGUGGUUGUUAUUUUAUACAUCCCUCAAAGGAACUUAACUGGCAACAGUCUUUGAGGAAGUGCAAUCGAAGCGGUGGAAGCUUGGCCAAGAUAACUCGUGAAGGUUUGAGAUCCACUUUCUCCAAUUUGUUAGAAGAAAUAAGACGCUUCAAGCCAUAUUAUAAUAGUUUCUUCAUUGGCCUGUUGAGCAAGGACGAGUGGACAUGGAUUGACGGCAGCCCGUUACAUAGCUCGUUGUGGAAGCCAGGAUAUCCAAAAACAAUUAAAAAAACCCGUAGCUGUGGUUAUCUGGCUGGUGGCUCAUCGGGGAUAAGAAGUGGUGCAUGUACAUUGAAGAGAUACCCACUGUGUCAGAAAAAAGCUGAAGAGUCGUUGUCAAACCGGAGUUUGAUAAGAUGUUCAAGUAUUUUGCAGCCAUUCCAACCUAUCCUGGCCAUAGAUGGAUCUUACUCUACUUGCUUUCGUUCUUUGAAGGAAUCAAAUCCCUGGUGGCAAGCAACUUUUAACAAUCUGCUGUAUGUCGUUUCUGUUUCUAUAACUGACAAAAUCGAUUGCUGUCCACGUGACUCUGGAAUCAUCGAUGUUAGUGUGACAACCAGUCAAACUGGCUUGUCUCCAACAUGCUCCAAAUCGAUGGCAUACGAUGGAACAACGCAUGAGUUCAUUUUUGAUUUCUCACCACCCGCGCUUGGAAAUAAUGUGAAAAUAACGCUGACGGGUGAUAAUGUCACGUUAGUUCUCUGCCGUGUUGUCGUGGAAACAAUUGAGUCGACCCGAGAGGUACACGGAGUUUUGCGUGAAGGAUGGUACAAAAAAUACGACUAUAACUCCAAAAAGACGUCAUCUAUGCGUGAAUAUCCUCUAAUUCAAGGUCCACCUGAAAGCCGGAUUAUUUUGCGAGAUUUUGAUGCGCCAAUAAAUUUGGCAGAAAACUAUGUUCAACGAUUGACAAGUUACUUACAGGUUUCUCUGAGCGGAAACUACACAUUUUAUGCGGCGUGCGACGAUAUGUGUGAGUUAUGGAAGUACGAUGUCACAGAGACAGGCAUCGGAAGAGUUAAAAUAGAAUCUGGGGAAAGUGCAACGAACCAACCAAUUAUUUAUGUUAAAAAAUGGACAGAAUAUCUUCGAUGGGACAAGUACCCAGAGCAAACAUCUCAGCCAAUCGUCCUUAGCAAGUGUCGAUUUUAUCGAAUGGUGAUCUUCGGUGGAGAAAAAGACGGCAAUGAUCACAUAUCUGUGGGCAUGCGUAACCCAAGUGGGGAAUAUGAACGGCCUAUUACUGGAGAAAGACUGUUUUGGACUAAACCAGGGACGCGUAAUUUAGAAAUGUCACUUAAGAAUCACAAGACAUCGAUAUCUGCCUUCGUUGGGUCAAAUUUACUCAUAACAGGAUAUUACAAGUUUUGCUGUGAGGGAGUUUAUUGUCCUGAUUGCCCAUUGGAACUGAACAUCUCAUGCCUCGGACAAAAUCUAAAAGUGAAUUCAGCAGUGAGCCUGUCCUGUGUUAACACAUCAUUUGAGGUAGUUUUUAACACGAUCGGUCAACCUGGAAAUUUUACUUUGAAGGCCAGCUAUUCAUUCGUGGAACAUCCAGAAGAAAUUCUCGAGGAGCGAGUCUUGGGACAAGUAGAUCUAAGAGCGGUGGUGCUAGAAGAAUGCUACUUUGAGUCUGGAAAGUGCGACUGGACUAGCCCACAUGCAAAUUCCAAGUGGAAGCUCUUUCCUGAUAAUUUUGUCUACAUUAAUGGCUCUUACAAAGCGCAGUUACAGAGUCCAGUGUUACUAUGGGAACCAUUUCAUCAAGUCGUUGGCUUGUGCUUACGGUUUACUUACCUUAUACCUGUUAAAUCAAAGUCAACUAUAAAAGUUCUACUUCGAGAGCCAAGGAAAGAGGAGCCGAUUUUAGCUUGGCAGCUUAGUGGAUACCAUGGUAUUAAAUGGUCAGUGGCUGAGGUGUCUUUGCCCGGCGCUACUGCAGUUCAGAUUAUAUUUGAGGGAGAGGGCUUUCUUCAUAACCAAGUAAAUGCAGCAAUCAAGAACGUGAUUGUAACUACCGAGAAAUGUGGCUUGCUACCAUACUUUGCAAAACCAGGUUUUAGUUGCGGGAAUAAACAGUUUCAAUGCAAGAAUGGCGAAUGUGUCAAGAAAAAUUUGCGAUGUGAUGGCGACUUUGCUUGUACCGAUGAUUCAGAUGAAGAUAAUUGUGAAUGUCCCUCGAAUAAGUUCGCUUGCCUGGAUGGAAAAUGUCUUCCAGCAUCAGCUGUAUGUAACGGCAUAAAUGACUGCCCUAAUGGAGAUGAUGAAAAUAACUGCCGGAAUAAGUGCCCCUUUAAGCAUCGCUGUCUUGAUGGAUCAUGCAUUGCUUGGUCAGAGACCUGUAUUCGAGAGCCUUUCUGCAAGGAUGGAACUAACACUCCAUCAGUUUGCGGAUCUGGGAAAUGCCGCCUUAACGACUUAGCGUGUUCAUCCAAAGAGUCCAAAGGACCAAUUAGAUGUACAUCUUUCAGAAGGUUUUGCAAUUUCGAAAAUGACUUGUGCCAGCUUAAUCCGGAUAUGAACGCCACUUUCCAGUGGAUAACAGGUGCAGGUGAAACACCAACGGAGAAGACUGGGCCAAGUUAUGAUCAUAGCACUUUAAGCAAAGACGGGUCGUAUAUCUAUAUCGAAGCCUCUCCGCAACGCCCUGGGGACGUGGCAAGGUUGUUAAGCGAAUGGAUGGAACCCAACCAAUCAGCUUGUGUUCAGUUUUGGUAUCAUAUGUACGGCUCAGAUAUCGGUAAUCUGAGCUUUUAUCUGAGGACUGAUCAAUCCGAGACAUUGGUUUGGAGAUUGUCAAGCGAUCAAGGGGAUCGCUGGAAGUUUGGUCAAUUUCCUCUGAUCAGUGAAAGGGCUCAUAGGUUUGUCAUAGAAGGAACGACUGGUGAUGGAAGUGAAGGUGACAUUGCGAUAGAUGAUAUGUCUGUGCUGGAUGGAAACUGUAAAAAGAUUAUUGCACAAGAUAGUCCAGACUGCAGUUUUAGAGAGGAUACGUGUGAUUGGGAGACUCGGGAAGGAUGGACUCUCUCUAAAGGGGUAUCAUUUAUUUUUCUCCGCGCCGGAGCAUCUGAAGUGCCUCAUACACUCUCUUCCCCAAUUAUAAACACUAACGAAUGGAAGUGCUUACGCUUAUGGUAUUUCAUUGGUGCCACAAACUUGUACAAAACGUCGUUACAGGUGUUUCUUCAGUCGUUAAUAUCGAACCUAUCCACACUGCUCUUCUUUGUGGAUGAAAUGGCAAGUGCGACAAAUUAUACUCAGAUACCGUUGCCAGGCAAUUACAGCAAAGCAAAGCUUAAAUUCUUUGGUAUUUAUGAAGAGUUUGGGGACCAAAUUCUGGCCAUUGAACAAGUUUCCUUUUCUAAAGAGCCUUGUGACCCAAUUUCUUGGCGACAAAAUGAUAUUAACGAGCCCCUUGGAAUGCAAAAUGGUGAAAUAGUAGACACGCAGAUCAGUUCUUCAUCAUCAAUAGACGAGGCUCAUGCUGCCAGUCGAGGCCGUCUACACUUAAACGCAACUUCAGGAAAGGCAGGCGCUUGGUCCGCCGGCAGAAAUGACAAUAGCCAGUGGCUCCAAGUUGAUCUGCGUAAUAAUAACGUCAGAGUCACGGGUGUUGCGACACAAGGGAGAAACGGACGGUACGCCCAGUGGGUAACGAAUUAUAAGUUACAGUACAGCAACGACGGGGUAAACUUCCAGUUCUACAAGAAACCUGAACAUACCGCUCUUGAGGAUUUCGCUGGAAACAAAGACCAGGAUUCUGUUGUUUAUCAUGAACUAAAGUUACCUAUUAGAGCACGAUUCAUUCGCCUUCAACCAGAGGCUUGGUAUAGGCAGAUAUCAAUGAGAGUUGAGUUGUAUGGUCAUCAAAAAGAAUGCCAGAAAGCUCUGGGUAUGGAAAACAAUGAAAUCUCCGAUGGGCAAAUUCGUGCCUCUUCCAACUGGGAUGGCAACUCUAUCGCUAGCCGUGGGAGAUUAUCAAUUAAAGCCUCUGGUCGCAUGAAGGGAAGCUGGACAGCUUCUGCAAAGAAUUCACACCAAUGGCUUCAGAUUGAUCUUGGAGCCAACGAUACUAAAGUUACAGGUGUAGCUACUCAAGGAAGGCAAGAUGCCGACCAAUGGGUUACCAGUUACAAGCUUCAAUAUGGUAAUGAUGGAUUGUAUUUUCAGUACUACAAGGAUCAAGGUGAGGAAAAGGAUUUUUCUGGAAACAACGACCGUGAUACGGUUGUUUUUCAUCAAUUAAAACCGCCUAUCGAUGCCCGUUUCGUUCGUUUUUGCCCAGAGGCUUGGCAAAACCACAUCUCAAUGAGGGUGGAGCUGUAUGGCUGUCUUCAUGAAUGUCAGGAAGCUCUAGGUAUGAAGAAUGGUGCAAUUCCCGAUAGACACAUAAGCGCCUCUUCGCAUUGGGAUAAUUAUUAUGAGGCAUGGCAGGGUAGACUAGAUCAAAAAGGGACAUGGAUAGCAGGGUCCUGGUCAUCACGAGAUAAUGAUAUACAUCAAUGGCUCCAGAUUGAUCUGUGUAGUCCAUACAUGAAAGUUACAAGAAUUGCCACACAAGGUAGAAAUGCUCACGAUCAAUGGGUAACACGGUUUACAUUGUGGUACAGCAACGAUAGUAAAAUUUUCCAAUCCCACAAGGAAGCUGGAACAACGACGGAAAAGCAUUUUGAUGGAAACAGAGACCGUGAUACCGUGGUUUACAAUAAAAUCAACUCACCAAUCAAAGCUCGCUAUAUCCGAAUUCGACCACAGGCCUGGUACCGCCACAUUUCCAUGAGGACAGAGCUUUAUGGUUGUCUGGAAGAGAUCAAUGGGGUAUCCAUUAACAUAUCAGACUGUCAACAAGCUCUUGGCAUGGAAAAUGGUGCAAUCGCUGAUGCACAAAUCACAGCCUAUUCCAUCUGGGACUAUAACCAUGCUGCGUCUCAAGCCAGACUGGACUUUAAAGCAGUUGCGAAAUCUGGAGCUUGGUCAGCUAAGAGAAACGAUAAUCAGCAAUGGCUUCAGGUGGAUCUAGGUAGUCAGUACGCCAAAGUUACGCGUGUAGGAACACAGGGGAGGGAUGACUAUAGCCAGUGGGUAAUCAAAUACAAGCUGCAGUAUGGUAAUGAUGAAGCCAAACUUCAGUUUUAUAAGGGAAAAGGAAAAAAUAUAGAUAAGGAGUUUGAUGGUAACUCAGAUAGAAGCACUAUAGUUUUUCAUGAGCUAGAGCCACCCAUCAAAGCACGCUUCGUCCGCUUUCGACCUCAGGUUUGGUUUAACCACAUUUCAAUGAGGAUAGAGCUUUACGGCUGUCGAGAGUGUCAGGAGCCUCUCGGUUUGGGAAAUAGCUCAAUAACAGACGGGCAAUUAAGUUCUUCUUCUCAACUGGACGAUGCUCAUGCCGCCAUGCAGGGAAGACUUAAUUCUAACGCAACCGCAGGUUUAGGAGGAUCUUGGUCAGCUGGUAAUAACAAUUCGAGUCAAUGGCUUCAGAUCGACCUUCUCGAUCAAAGUAAUAAUGUGACCCGUGUGGCUACUCAAGGAAGACAUGAUGCUAGCCAGUGGGUAACGAAAUACAGACUACAAUACAGUGAAGAUGGUAAAAUCUUCCACUUUUAUCGGGAAACAGGAGAUACAGCAGGGAAGGUUUUUGAUGGAAACAACGACCAGAAUUCAAUUGUUUAUAAUGACCUUCACCCACCCAUCACAGCACGUUUUAUCCGCUUUCGACCAGUGUCUUGGUAUCACCAUAUAUCUAUGCGAGUAGAGCUGUAUGGCUGUCAAGAUGAUCGUCCGUGCGAGACAUCAGUGGAGUCGUGCGGAUGGAAUAUUACGCGGGGUUGGAAAAGAAUGAAAUACAGAGAUCUUGACAACAGUUAUCUCAACGCAGACGUUAAUAUAGGUAGUGACGCUGAUGACGAAGGGAUUAUCAGCGAUCAGAACUACGAGAUCCACCUCCCCGACAGUAGCCGUGGCUAUGUCUCAUUCUCAGACAUUCGACAGGCGAAAGGGGGAUUCACCAUCUGCUUUUGGUUAAAGACGUCAAAUGUUGGUUUCUUUAUCGAAUAUAGAACUGAGGCAUCGGGAAAUCAAAAUGAAACGCUAAUAUUUGGGCUCUAUUGUGGUAACAACACCUUUGAUAUUCUUUUGAGAAGCCAUAGAAGUCAAUAUUUAAUGGGCGUGACAGAUGAUUCUUGGCACUACGUGUGUGUGCUAUUGGAUGGCAACAUCGGACUACUAGCUGUAUUCAAAGAUGGUCACAGGAAUUUUAAGGAAGCUCAUAGGAGAGGACCCAAUUUUGAAUUUUGGACGGCUGGAACCAUGAGAGUUGGCUUCAGGAAAACGAACAACAGUGACUCAGCUGUUCUUGGCAAACUGAGUGGCCUCAAUAUAUGGAGUUACCCUGUCCCAAUAAAAGAGAUUCUGCGCAUGUCAUAUGGCUGUGGAACUGAAGCAGGAGACUCCAAAUCCUGGGAAACAGUCAGGGAUAAGAUAACUGGAGAAGUUGAGGUUAACGACUCCAGAACAUGCGAGGACAGAAAAGGCAAGUUUGGCAGACUUGUGGCAGAUGGCAUUACGGCCCACGUCAAUCAAAGUGCUCUUUUUAUGAGUCCUCUUUACGAUGCGUCGCAUGAUGGCAAGAGUCGAUGUCUACGGUUUCGUUACAUGCUGCAAGGACCUGGGAAGAAAGCAUUGACAGUUUACCGGAAGGCAAAAACUUCUCGUGAAAUACCUAUUUGGAUCUCAAAAGGCGUCACCCGGGGGGACUGGGUUUAUGGUCAGGUUCAGCUCAGCUCCAUGUCAGACUUUCAGGUUCUUAUAAAAGCGGAAAUGGAGAGGAGAGAAGACUUAAUAGCGUUGACAGGGUUGUACAUCGACGAGGGAAUAAAUUGCACAGUGAAGCCACUGUCGGCGAAAAAAGCUUGCAGCGAGAACUUAACCAACGAAAUAGGAUAUUUCUUCUCUCCUUCAUAUCCCGGAAAUCUUCCAGAUGAUACUUUUUGCAAAUGGCACAUCACCGUCCAGAAAAACCACAUCAUUCGUUUGGAAUUCCAAGAGUUUUUACUCGCGAACCACCCCAGAUGCGAGACGUGUUUCCUUGAAAUCUUUGAUGGACGUGAUUGUUCUGCGACCGCGAUAGGAAAAUUUUGCGGCUAUAUGCAUCCUCCGGUUGUCAUUUCCUCAUCAAAUCAUUUCACAAUUGUUCUCCGCUGUAUUGAGGGUUUGCGAAUGACAAGAUUCAAGGCCUUUUAUCAUUCUAUUAGAACUCAAGAUUGGGAAGGAUCGUCUUGCUCACUUCAUCGAGAGUGCCCAUCAAGCUGCGAGUGUCAGGAGUUUGGUGAAGUAUACGACAAGAGGAUUCUGGUUAUUGGAGAAAAGUUGCUGGCUAUACCGAGUAAUCUUCCCUCAAAUACUGGAGCAGUGGUUUUUCGUCAAAAUCGGAUCUCGCAACUUCACGAGAAGGAGUUUUCAGACCUUACAAUACUCGAGUAUAUUGACCUUAGCUUCAAUAAUCUGCUCCACUUAGAUGAAGAAUGUUUUCACAACCUAUCUUCUGUUACUACACUAGGGCUCAGUGCACUGAAAUAUUUGUACUUGGACAACAAUAGAUUAGCUAACGUACCUACAGAUGCAUUCAACGAGUUGACUAGCCUUAAGUAUCUGAAACUAGAUCAUUUCAUCCUUUGUUGUUACGCUGAGAAAUCUGUGGAAGGGGUUACUUGUGAUUCUCCUGCUGAUGAGUUCUCCAGCUGUGACGACCUCAUGAAGAACAAAACGCUUCAGAUCUGCAUUUGGAUUCUUGGAAUCCUCGCCUUCCUCGGCAACCUUCUUGUCAUAACAUGGCGAAUAAUUGAUAAAGAAGAGAACAGGGUUCAUUCAUUCUUGCUAACAAAUCUUGCUGUAGCCGACAUGUUUAUGGGUGUCUAUCUUUUGACAAUUGCAAUUGUGGACGCGAGAUGGCAGGGUGAAUAUUUUAAGCAUGAUACGAAAUGGAGGGCUGGUAUAGGCUGUCAAGUUAUUGGAGUCCUAUCCAUGCUCUCAAGCGAGGUAUCAGUGCUGAUUUUAACAGUCAUCACCAUCGACAGAUUUGUUUGCAUCAUCUUCCCUUUCAAGUUUAAGCGUCUUACGUACAAGUCUGCCGUAUUCACCUGUGCAGUCGUGUGGAUACUUGGCGUAGUCAUCUCCGUGAUACCAAUCAUCGGAAUAGACUAUUUUUACGAUAAAAGUGGUGAUUUCGGUUUUUACAGUCGCUCAGCUGUUUGCCUUCCUCUUCAGCUAUCGGAAGGAACCCCUGCCGGCUGGGAAUAUUCCGCCUCUUUUUUCAUCGGUUUAAAUUUCAUUUCGUUCACGUUUAUCUUGGUGGCGUAUAUCUUAAUGUUUUGGACGGUCAAGCGCUCUGCCCGCGCUGUUCGAUCAGCGAGUAUGAACAAAGAAUCUGCAAUGGCAAAGAGACUUAUUUUUAUUGUGAUGACCGACUUCUGCUGCUGGAUGCCUAUAAUAAUUAUCAGCAUUUUGUCCCUGACAGGAAAUUUCUUCGAUCCGCACAAAAUUGCCUUUGUGUGGAUCGCAGUGUUUGUUCUUCCGCUCAACUCUUCCCUUAAUCCAAUCCUUUAUACAUUUUCUACCGAGAGAGCGAAGCGAAGCUUAGCCAGAAAGAGGAAAAAUGUUACCGGCUUGGUUAUGAAGUCUUUGGAUAGUCGCGCUGGAGAUCAAUCUAUGGACUGCCUGAGAAAAAAUGCUGAAAACACUUUAGUCUCCAUUGCUGAAUCCAGUCCCCGGCCGGUUAAGAAAAUUGUGGAAAAACAGGAACAGCAAAGUAAACAACUGAAGACUAAGUUAAAGCUGAUCGAAGUAUUGGAUAUCUUUCAAGAAGAUACAACAGGAAAGCGUUCAACGGGUUAUGUCACAGCUUGGUGCGAGGAAGAAGGAGUACUUGGUAUGGUGUUACUGAAGUACUUCGGAAAGGAAAUGAAGGAAGACUGGACUCGAGAGGUCGAUGUAGUUCAAGGUCUGUCUAGUAAUGAAGACCCGCAAGACAAUCUUCUUCAUUAUCGCUGGCACUCUAAAGCGUCUGAACAGAGUAUUGAACACGGCAAGAAGAAGAUUCAUGGCAUACAAGGAAGUAGUUGGCUCAUUUGUUACGAUUUUGAGUCGAGCUCCACUUUGGGAGAUUUUCUUUCGGAGAAAGGAAUUGUUAUCGACUUGGACGCGGUAUGCGCUGUAGUUUGUGACGUCAUCACCGCCAUAGAACAUCUUCUGGAUCAUGGAAUAGCUCAUAACAACAUCACAACUGGCAACAUUUUGAUCAGGCAGUGUCCAAGAGUACCUCCGAUCAAAGCCGUUCUUGGUGGAUUUUCUCAAGCGUCUAAAGCAAAUGAUGCAGGUGCGUUUACAAACUCGGCGGCCGACGAACAGAGUUGCCAUAGCCAGGACAUAAAGCAGUUCGGACAUUUACUAGCAACCUUACUAGGACACUGCCAUGGCUCCAGCGAAUACGUUAAGUUGCAUGAGAUUAUGAACCUGUGUUUCGAGGAUAUAGAGGAGAAGAGGCCCACAGCAUGUUACAUCCGUGAAGUAUUGGAAGAAACCUGGUGCGCUGAGGGGGUUUGGGAUACAUACCUAUGAGGAAACCAAAGAAAAAUAUCGAAAUCAUCGAUUCAAUCGCAUUUGGUACCGAGGUUUAAAUGGUUGUAUUAGUGACAUCAUCGAUUUCUCUGAGUAUUCCGUCAGUUUUGUUUUCCACUUUUAACUUGCGGUUACUGGAACAAGAAAGGCUUUUCGACGAUUUGCCUAACGUCAAAAACAUUGCUGAAUUAGUGCUUUUUACUAUGUGCAGGGUGCUGUAGAAUCAUAUAACCAUUGCAUUACUGCGUGGGUUAUUAUGAAGGUAAACGGAUAGAAAGUCAGGAGUUCACUUUAAAAUAAUUUAUGGAAAAGCUGCUCAGUGUAUAUGAAGCUCGAAAGUAUUGAUUCAGGGUGAAACUUCCGAGGCUUCCAAGGAGGAUUAUCGGUCCUCGUUAUAUUUUAGGUUUAUUAAUUUCGAUGAAUCAAUUAAUUAACAAAAAUAGACUAUGUUUAAUUCAAGUCAAAAUGAAAAUGAAAAUAGUAAAUGAAAGAUGAUAAUGAUAGUGAUAAUGAUAAUAAAAAUGAUUAUUUAGUUAGAGAGCAUUUAGUCAGUGACAGGGCCUCUCACAUUUUCAAGUAUCUGCAAUAUUCUGCGCAUUGUCGUGCUUUGUGUUUAGCAUAUCGUUCCAUGUUUUAGAUCACGCCUCUACCGGUUUUCAACUCAAAAUAAAGAGGCUAUUCAUAUUCAAAGAGAAAAACCAUCCUUGAAUCAGCAAUUACACUAUGUAAAUCUAAAACUGUCUUAGUUUUUAAUUGUGACACUUUUAUGCUUUACCUCUUUUCUUGUUGUCAAUGUUUAUCAUAAUAAGCAUUGCUCUGCUUACAAUAAAAAAUGACGAUAUU